AUGCGUCUCCUCACCGGCGUCUCCUCCUCUUCCUUCGUCUUUGCACCCAUCUCCAUCGUCGCAUUUGGGCCCACCGUCCUCGCUGAAGGCUACGACACGAAACGCGCCGUUUCGUGGGUCCAUGCUUGGACCAUUACUGAUGGGGUUAUAACGCAUGUCAAGGAGUAUCUCAACACUUCUGUUACUGUCAAGCGUUUCGCCACCGCCGCUGAUGAGGAGUCGCCGUCGUCAUCUCCGCCGUAUGCGGAGGCUGAUACCCUGAUGACGACUAACUGCCAGAGUGUGUGGCAGAGCAAGGUGUGCGGCGAGUCGGUCCCUGGUCUUGUUUUGGCACUUCAGAUGCAUAUGUUGUGA